AUGUCCGACCUCUCCUCUGACUCCUCCGUAGAUUCAUCCUCCACAUCCAGCUCCUUUCUCCCGUUCAAUGUCGACGACUCCGAAGACAUGCUUCUCCUCAACAUGAUGUUGAGCGCUGCCGCCGCUUCCGCCGCUCCGUCGAAAGAGGAGGAGGUGAAUUCGGCAUCUCCGGAGAAGCAGGGAGAGCAGAGGAAGAGCUACAGAGGCGUUCGCCGGCGUCCGUGGGGGAAGUUUGCCGCGGAGAUCAGGGAUUCGACUCGGAACGGAGUGAGGAUACAGAUGGGAAACAUUUCCGUUACAAAUAAAUGCAGAUUUUAUGAAACAUGA